AUGGGCUUCAAGGAAGUAAUAAAAAGAUUUAGGCAGAAAUGUAAAAUAGGAGAACUAAAGCUCGAGCAAAAGGAAUUAAAAUCUCAAUCGCCAUGGCGAGGUAUUGAAAGAAUUGUUCAGGCAAAGAUGCCUGAGUUCCAGAAAGGAACCACAGUUGAGGUAACAUUAAGUAAUCCUCAGACUGUCAAGCCCAUAAUGGAACGGGCUGACAAGAAAGAAAUCCCGGGAAUAUUAUGUAAAAUUAUAGAUGAUAUAGAUGAUGACAGGCUAAGAGGCAAAAGGUUAGUAAAAGAAGCCCUUAAAAAUGGAAGUAAUAACCCAUUUUUGAAAGAUAUAUUGAACCAACUGGAAGCUCCUGAUAAGGCCAGCAUGCCAGUUUCAGUAAUUAAAACAUCCACACCCGGACGGGGACGCCCAGAUGGGUUGGAACAAGUUAUUGAAACUAGGGACUUAACUAGACCUGAAAUGGUUCAGUUAAGGCAAGAUUUUUCACAGAAAGGUCAGACCGACGGAGACUUUUUGUUUACAAUUCAUAGUAAGGGAGGCGAGUCUAUAAGACUCGCAGGCAAGGAGAUGCAGGUGGUUAAUAUCCAGAUAGACAAUCCGAGUGUUGCGGACACUUUAGCAAAGAUUAUACAAGAGGAACCUGACAGGGUACGCACACUUUGGGAUUGGAUUGCAAUAGCCUGGGCAGAGGCCAUCCCACAUAUAGAUUGGGGUGUCUUUGAAGGCCAGGAGAAUGACUUUACAUGUAUAGAAGCAGCAGAAAAGGAUGUUGCAUCACUGCCUUUUCAGGUUUGGGUGUCCAACAAACAGAAUGAUUAUAAUUUAUUCGAUUAUGAAUAUGAAGAAUAUGACUAUUCUUCAUAUGAUGAUGGAGAAGAAGAAGGUUCUGGUGAAUUUACAACUACAACCCCACGAACAACUACGUUGGGGAUAAAUUUGUUGCCAUAUAAUGAUUCUAAGAAAAUGUUGGAUGAGUGGAAAGGAUUGCCUAGACAUUUACAAGGAGCUAGGCCAUUGCCUAGAUGGCCGCAAGUUUUAGUUGAACCCUACGGGACAUGGUGUCCAAAAGAGUUACAGCAGUAUCUAGAUUCCAUGAGCACUAAACAAAGGAAUAUGUCUAUAUAUAUUGAAGAUGUGCAAAGCAGAACUCAUUUGAAUUAUACCCAUUAUGUAUCUUGUGUAGCGGAUUUUCCUAAUUUACCUAUAUAUGGAAAGUUCGAGAUUCUACAGAAUCCUGAUAGAUCCUUAGAAAUACGGAACCAAUCUUAUCUUACUAUAGAUAAUUGGUGGAAAGUCAAUACCUUAGGUACCGCCACUUGGCGAUCACCUGUUGUGUUGACCGACCCUUUACCACAGCCAUUUACCCAUAACUUGGUUAAACCCGUGGCCACGCCUCCUAAAAUAAAGGAUAAAAUCGGGUAUGUUUGUAUCCGUAGCAUUUUUGGAGAUAUGCUUAACCGAACACAGGGACAAGCAUUUAUUGGUAGAGUUUGCUUCCCUGUUGAUUCAACCUUCCUUAAGUGGUGCCAAUAUAGAUAUUAUUAUAAAAUUGGUAAUUAUUCAUCUGUAACUUAUAAGAUUCACACACAGGCCUGUAGGCUGGGUCCAGUUUACAGGACGACUGGGGUAUUACAUCCUGAAUUUGGAAUGUUUAAUCACUCUGGAUGGCUAUUAUUUGAAAACAAAACAAGGAGGUAUGUCUUUAAAAAUGCCAACAAUGAAUGGGACCUCUCAGAGAUUGUGGAUGGCCCGAAAUUGGGACAGAGAGUGCAUAGUCCAGGGUUACAUGAUUAUAAAUUCACCGUGGACGAAUACAUUGUUAACCAGACAGUGUGGAAAAACUACACACAAUAUUAUAAUAUAUUUAAUUGGACAUGGUGUUAUAAUUUUAGCAGACAAAAUUGUGUACAGAAUCCUCUUCAUGCUGUAUAUUUGAAUGCCUCUCAUAUGCAUCUUGAGGUGAAUAAUACGUGGCAUAGGUUUGAUAAUCAGUCCUGGCAACCUGUAUUGGUUGUCACACCUAAGGAUAUUUUGGAAAAACACUUUUAUAAUGUUACAUUUCUGCAGGUAGAUUAUACUUAUAAUGGAUCCAAAGGAGAAUCUUCAAAGUGGCCUUAUUAUAAAUGCGAAGACUGUACCUUUAAGUUUUAUGAUAAUUUCUUUGGGACUUUGAUUCCCGUGUUUAAUUUGAGUGAUGACAAAAUCAGAGUGAAUGUCCAUAAUAUGUCAAUCCCGAUGGGAGUUGAUUCUAAUUAUGUGGACACUAAAAAUGUUAGUUUAGCUAUGGAAAGAUCUAUUUGCAGAUGGUUUCCACAUUCAUGGCAAUAUGUGAUUGGUAUUCAUAGGUCUAUUAUGCAUAAUGAUUCCACGUACUAUGAUAUUCCUCUUGAUGUAAAUAUAACUGGAAAUGUUUCCAAACAUUAUGAAGGUGGUAAUGUUGUAUUAGGCAAUGAGGAAAAACAAACGAGGGAUUAUACUUUACAUCCAACAGUAUAUUCUCUUGCAUUUGUACCACCAGAUUUGGAUGAAGUUACUUUAGUGAAUUACAAAACAGAAACUUACCUGGUAAAUGCUGAUGACUACUGGUCAUUGAAGACUGGGUGCCCUAGAGCACAGCUCUGGGAUACUAUAAUUAGAUACCAUGUGGAUGUAGCAGAUAGAAGAACUCUGAAAUGGUGGUUGACACAAGGAAUGGAUUUCUCUACUUGGCCUAGUAAAAUAUAUCCAGGAAAAUUACCUUAUUACUGGUAUAUGUUAUUACCAGGAAGUGAAAAUGAAUGGAAUCUUUAUGAUAUUGUAACACAUGAUGUUUUACAUAAUAAUACUGAUGUGUUUGAUGCACAUGCAGGUAAUCAUAUUAUAUAUAGUACAAAGAUGGAUAUGCAGAAAUGCUACAUGGAACCGACCUCUUUGAAUCCUUGCUUAAUUGAUAGAGGAGGAUUUAAUGAAACCAAGGGAUGGGUUACUGCCCAUUUCCCAAGAGCGGUCCUCUUCCCACGCAAGGAAAAGGACGGUAAUUUUAUGAAGACUUUAGAGGCUCCAGGAUUUUUACCUUUACUACAUCAGCCAGUUAGAUUUUUGAUACAACCACAAGUACAGCCAAUUGUGUUACGAUUGUCUGUUAGUGAUUUGUUGAAAGGUGAAACUGUAUGUCCUUCUUUUGAGUCUACUGUGUUGCCAGAUUUGUUUUAUUCAGUUCAAAGAAAUGCAGCAGGACGGAGACCUUUGCAGUUCGCAGCGAUUGGCGCUUUCCUGGCCGGAGCAGCUUUGGGGGCAGCAAUCGCUGGAGCAAUGACGGAGGAACUUCGAGUGGAAAUUUCAGCUCUGCGUGGACUUCAGAAUAAACAGAACUUUGUUAUCUCACAAUUAUCUAAAAAUCUGCACUCCGCGUCCUUGCUUAUGGAAAGACUUUCUGCAGAACAGGAACUUUUGAAACAUCAUGUUGAUUCAUUAAGUAAGGUGAUCGAGACUAUGGAUGCAUCGUGGAAUGUACGCAUGAAACAAUUGGAGGCAACUCAGGAGUGUGAACAUCUGCAGGCAAUGAUCACCGCGGGAUUAGAAGAAAUAAGACUGUUAUUUAGAACUGGCAUAGGCAUGGAAACUGCAUCAGCUAUAACCAUAUUAGAUCCUACAAAGGACUCUUGGUGUGAAACUGGUGUUUGCAUGAUUAAUUUAUGGCAAAUGUCGACAUCUAAGGUUGUAAUAGGAUAUCCAACUAAGGCUAUACCAAAGAAAAUUGGUAAAGAUUGGAUAAUACCAUUUGAUAAGUUUUAUUGGUUGAAAUGGAACAAUAUGUCAUAUUAUGUGCCUAGUGAAGCCACUUAUGCGAUAGGUAAAACAACUGUUAUAGCCUAUGAUCUUUUCUCAGAUGAACCUAGGACUUCUGAUAUAACUAUAUCUAUGCCUCAGGCUACUUUGUUAGAUCUUGGGAAUUUUAAUAUGUUGUCUUGUUAUCCUGAACCGUACAUGGUUCAACGAUGGCAAAACAUUUCUUAUAGUGAUUCUUUGAGUCUGAAUGCUGGUUGCCAUAUACAUACUAAUGUCAUGAUGAUGGAACAUAUGAAUUUGACCGUUCAGAAACAUCUGUUUAGGAGUUUGAAUUUUACUAACACGAGAAAUGUACGAGUCCUGACUCAGGUGGUUUAUUUGUCUAAUCAUACUUUUGGGUUACAUACUUUUGUGCCCCAGCCACCUCUGUCGGAAGAAUAUAAACAUAUGAUGAAGGCGACGGAGGCAGCUAAGUCCAUUUAUGCUUCAUUGGGAAAGGAAAUUGAGACAGUACAUAAUCAAACUACUGAACUUCUCCAAAGAUUCUCAGGAGAAACUCAUAAAGUUAAAAUGUUGGUUGAUUCCGGAUACUUGAUUCCGCGUGACUUUCAGUAUACUUAUGAUUGUAGUUUUGUAGGUUUCUUUAGAAAAUUGGUUCAUGCAGAUGUUAGUUGCAUUAUGAGAUGGAACCCUUUCCAUUGGCUUAAGGAAGGAUUGCUAUAUGUAUGUUGUUUUGUAUUAUUUGUAUUAUGUAUUAAGGUUUGUUUAAAGAUCAAUAAGACUGCAGGAAAGAAAACUUACAUUAAAAUGGAUAAACUUCAACAUUACAGGGACCAUGAAACGAAAGGCACUAAGAACAUCAAAUCCAAGAAGGAGAAGGACGGAAAGAUCGAGGAAUUAUUCUGAACAGUUGCACUAUGCAAAUUGUCAUCUUUGCAUCGAAUUUCAUAAUUUCUUGAGGAACUAUGUCUGUGGACCAGAUAAUCAUCAAACGGAUAUUAGGACGCAAGCUGAGGAACGACCUAUUAUUCAGGAAGGACCGGAUGACUCCAAUUCCGAUGUUCUCUGAAAAAGAUGUUAAUUAUCCAUUUAUGAUAGUUCACAAUUUGGUGAUAGAUUUGGAUCUAGUAAAGGAUUUGGAUUUGGACAUUUAUUUACGAUUGAAACAACUUUUCGUUCCAAGAGUGAAAGCUCCCUUCUGCUGUGAGUUUCGUGCUAUGCUUCAGCCUUUUCUGCACUCCUGUGUGGUCGGUGGCUGCAUGGAUGCCGUGGAUUGCAUCUUCCAAUCUGAAGAUUGGUUUGCAGGGCCGCGACAGCCCAUACGUUUCCCCGAGGACGGGCAACUUCCGAAUGGACGACCUAAGACAGGGGA